AUAGUAAACCUUUUACCCUAGCAGACUUAUACUACUACACUGCAAGUCUGCGACAUACAUAAAAGGGACCUCAGUUCCUCAUUUUCUCCCUCUGCUUUCUCUUUAUCCCUCUCUGUAACACUUGCACAUUAUUUGGCUGCUUCCCACUUUACAAUCAUGGCGGCGGCGGCGGCGACUUCCUUCUCCAUCUCCACUUCUACUCCUCCGUCGUCAUCAUCAUUAUCAUCCAAAUCCCUUAAACCUUCUCUUGCUGGUAAUUUAGGGUUUCUAUCCUCAUCAACUCCGUCGCUUAAGCCACUCAGAGCUAAAGUCGCCGUUUCAUCUGACAGCUCAAGCUCCGGCGGCGGUGCGCUUGCGGCUCGCAUGGUCUCCGCACCUGCUGCCGUCAAGGCUCCUGCUUCGUUCGAUUUUGAAACAUACGUUUUUAAGAAGGAGAAAGUAACCCUAGCUGGAAAUGAUGAGUACAUUGUGAGGGGAGGGAGAGAUUUGUUCAAGUAUUUGCCGGAUGCUUUCAAAGGAAUCAAGCAGAUUGGAGUCAUCGGCUGGGGUUCUCAGGGACCUGCUCAAGCCCAGAACCUGAGGGAUUCUCUCGCAGAAAUAAAAUCUGAUAUAGUUGUUAAGAUUGGUUUGAGAAAGGGUUCAAGCUCAUUUGCAGAGGCCCGCUCAGCUGGGUUUACUGAAGAGAAUGGGACCCUUGGUGACAUAUAUGAGACUAUCUCUGGUAGUGAUCUCGUGCUGCUUUUGAUUUCAGAUGCUGCUCAGGCUGAUAAUUAUGAGAAAGUGUUUUCUCACAUGAAGCCAAACAGCAUACUUGGGCUUUCACAUGGAUUCCUCCUUGGCCAUUUGCAGUCAAUGGGCCUCGACUUCCCAAAGAACAUUAGUGUGAUUGCUGUAUGUCCCAAGGGAAUGGGUCCCUCAGUCAGGAGAUUAUAUGUUCAAGGAAAAGAAGUCAAUGGUGCUGGAAUUAAUUCAAGUUUUGCAGUUCACCAGGAUAUUGAUGGAAGGGCCACAGAUGUUGCUCUAGGGUGGUCUGUUGCCCUUGGUUCUCCCUUUACUUUUGCUACUACUCUAGAGCAGGAAUAUAGAAGUGACAUUUUUGGAGAACGAGGCAUUUUACUCGGUGCUGUCCAUGGAGUUGUGGAGUCACUUUUCAGAAGGUACACUGAGAAUGGAAUGAAUGAGGAGCUUGCAUACAAGAACACUGUAGAGUGCAUAACAGGAGUCAUUUCAAAGACCAUUUCAACAAAGGGCAUGUUGGCUGUGUACAACUCAUUGACUGAGGAGGGCAAGAGGGAGUUUGAGGCUGCAUACAGUGCUUCAUUUUACCCCUGCAUGGAGAUUUUGUACGAGUGCUAUGAAGAUGUAGCUACAGGUAGCGAGAUCAGGAGUGUUGUGUUGGCUGGCCGUCGCUUUUAUGAAAAGGAGGGCUUACCAGCCUUCCCAAUGGGGAAAAUUGACCAAACAAGGAUGUGGAAGGUUGGUGAGCGCGUUCGAGCAACACGACCAGCCGGUGAUCUUGGUCCUCUGUAUCCUUUCACUGCUGGUGUCUUUGUGGCAUUGAUGAUGGCGCAGAUUGAGGUUCUGAGGAAGAAAGGUCACUCUUACUCCGAGAUUAUCAAUGAAAGCGUCAUCGAGUCUGUAGAUUCAUUGAAUCCGUUCAUGCACGCUCGUGGAGUGUCAUUCAUGGUUGACAAUUGCUCUACAACAGCACGUUUAGGUUCCAGAAAGUGGGCCCCUCGCUUCGAUUACAAUCUCACCCAGCAAGCACUGGUAGCCGUGGAUAAUAACGCCCCUAUCAAUCAAGAUCUCAUCAGCAACUUCUUUGCAGAUCCUGUGCAUGGCGCUAUUGAAGUGUGUGCUCAACUGAGACCAACAGUUGAUAUUUCUGUAACAGCUGAUGCUGAUUUUGUCCGCCCUGAGCUCAGGCAAUCUGCUAAUUAAGGGCUUUGCAGGUUACCUGGUGAGCAAGUGAGAAUUUUGUGGAAUUGUGCGGUUGAGACUUUAUAUUAUUGAUGUGUGUUGGUGAAUGCAAGAAUGCUUAAUUUGAAUCUGUUAGCUUAUAAGAAUCUCUCUUUUUCGUUGCUUA